CUUUUAAAGCCGGUCGUCGGGUCGGACGGACAGACGGACCGUAGCAGGACUUUAAAUACCUCGGAGCGUCUCUAACGGGACAUUUGACAGCCGAGAGGACCGGGACGCGUUCAGGGUCCUAUUUUAUUUCCCCUCCGCCUCCUCCUCCCCUCUCUCACUCUCUCUCUCGCUCUUUCUCUUUCUUUUUGUCUCCUCCGUUUUCGGAUGGAGCUGCAACAAUUCCUCCACAGCUUGCGCCGCCCGCCCGCCGCUCUCCGCCGCCGGGACUGAAGCCGUGACGCGCCGCCGCUCGGUGAUUUUUUUUUCUCGCUGAGAGAAGAAGAAGACUCAUCAUUUUGAUUUUGUCGUCCUCUCCGUCCUCUCUGUCUUCCAGCAGGCCGCCGUCUCCUCCGUGACUCUCUGUUCCCAUGCGAUUCUUCAGACUCACAUUCAAGUGUUUCGUGGAUUGUUUUUGAAGGUCGCUGUCCGAUCGUCGGUGUAAUUCCCUUUAUUUUUUAUUUUCACGGUUUUUUUAUUUUAUCAUUUCCUCUUAUUAUUUUUCCAUUCGAGAAAGAAAUGUCUCCCGAUUAUUCUUAGACCUUUUUGAUUUUGUGUCUUUAAAAAAAAAAAAAAAACAAAAAAAAAAACUGAAUUAACUGAUCUGGAUUCAUAAUAAAUAAAAGAACAGAUUCGGGAUCAGCUGAUCCACGACCCGCCCGCUGCUCUCCGAGAAUAAUAAUCCUAAUAAUAAUAAUCUGAUUUAUUAUUAUAAGAGAAGAAGGAGACAGAGACUGAAGGCGGGAACAGCAGAGGUCUUAAAGCGGACUGGGACAGACCUGGACCUGCUGCUGACUGACUCAUCUGUUCCUGACUGGAAGGUGAACACGGAACUGAAUUUAGGACUAAAACCAGAAGAGAACUGAGUUUUUAAAGAGACAAAAAGACGUGAAAUUAAAGGGGGAAGUGAAACCGACUGAGACUGGUUUGUUCCUGGGUUUUUUUUAAACUGGUGACCGGAAGUGGACAGGUGACAGGAAACACCUGAGAGAGGGUCAUUAAAGGGAGAAAAGACUCAACAGCAAACAGUGCAGACUGCUCCUUUACUGACUGGUUUGAUACUGGUUUAGAGUCUAAAACGACCAGGGUUUGUAGAACCAGAACUGAAAGACCACUUACUGACUGGUCCCUGACUGGUCCCUGACUGGUUCCUGGUCCCUCACUGGUCCCUGACUGGUUCCUGACUGGUUCCUGACUGGUUCGUGAUGGAGAAACAGGCCCUUCCAGCCUCCUCCUGCUCCCUGGUCCUCCUGGAGGAGUCCAAGAAGAACCCCCUCCUCCUGUCUAACGGUGGCGGCGGUUACCCUCCCGCGGCUGCUAAUGGCAGCCUUGUCCCCCUGUCGGCGGCGUCCGGCGGCAGCAGUGGAGCGUGUGCCGGUCCGGACAAGAAAGGAGGCGUGGUGACGGCGGCGGGUCCAGGAUACCCAGAGCGGGAGACGUGGACCCGGCAGAUGGACUUCAUCAUGUCCUGCGUCGGCUUCGCUGUGGGACUCGGGAACGUGUGGCGGUUUCCGUACCUGUGCUACAAGAAUGGAGGAGGCGUCUUCCUCAUCCCCUACCUGCUGUUCAUCUUCGUCGGAGGAAUCCCCAUCUUCUUCCUGGAGAUCGCCCUCGGACAGUUCAUGAAGGCCGGCAGCAUCAACGUGUGGAACAUCGCUCCGCUGUUUAAAGGUCUGGGCUACGCCUCCAUGGUGAUCGUGUUUUUCUGUAACACCUACUACAUCAUGGUGUUGGCCUGGGGUUUCUACUACUUGAUCAAGUCUUUUAACUCCACCCUGCCCUGGUCCACCUGUGACAAUGAAUGGAACACACCCAGCUGCAUCGAGAUCUUCCACCACCAGGACUGUAAGAACGGCAGCCUCGCCAACGUCACCAUCACCGGCAACUUGACCUGCGCCGAGCUGGCGAAUGCCCGGUCGCCCAUCAUCGAGUUCUGGGAGAACAAGGUGCUGAACAUCUCAUCUGGUCUGGAUGAACCUGGACAGUUUAACUGGGAGCUCAUGCUGUGUCUAGUGGCCGUCUGGGUCCUGGUUUACUUCUGCGUCUGGAAGGGAGUCAAGUCCACUGGGAAGAUUGUGUACUUCACAGCGACCUUCCCUUACGUGGUCCUCAUCAUCCUGCUGGUCAGAGGAGUCACUCUCCCUGGAGCCUAUGACGGCAUCAUGUACUACAUCAAACCUGACUGGUCCAAACUGGAGGAGGCUCAGGUGUGGAUAGACGCCGGGACACAGAUCUUCUUCUCCUACGCCAUCGGGCUCGGAGCUCUGACAGCGCUGGGCAGCUACAACCGCUUCAACAACGACUGCUACAAAGACGCCUUCGUCUUGGCUCUGAUCAACAGCGGAACCAGUUUCUUCGCUGGUUUCGUCGUGUUUUCCAUCCUCGGCUUCAUGGCUGCCGAGCAGGGAGUCGACAUCUCACAGGUCGCUGAGUCAGGUCCAGGUCUGGCCUUCAUCGCGUAUCCGAAGGCGGUCAGUCUGAUGCCGGUGGCUCCUCUCUGGGCAGCGCUCUUCUUCUUCAUGCUGCUGCUGCUUGGACUCGACAGUCAGUUUGUUGGGGUGGAGGGAUUUGUUACUGGAAUUCUGGAUCUGUUUCCUGGAAAAUACCAACAUCGCUACAAAAGGGAGAUUGCUGUGGCAAUAUGUUGUUUACUGUGCUUCAUUAUCGACCUCUCCAUGGUGACGCAGGGAGGGAUGUACGUCUUCCAGUUGUUUGACUACUAUUCGGCCAGUGGAAUGACUCUGUUGUGGCAAGCAUUCUGGGAAUGCAUAGUAGUUGCCUGGGUCUAUGGUGCUGACCGCUUCAUGGAUGAUGUAGCUCGUAUGAUUGGCUACAGGCCUUUCCCCUGGAUGAAGUGGUGCUGGUCCUUUAUAACUCCAUGUGUCUGCAUGGGCAUCUUUCUGUUCCACCUGGUGAACUACAAGCCACUGACCUACAACAAUGUGUACGUGUACCCAUGGUGGGGUGAGGUGAUUGGCUGGUGUCUGGCUCUGUCCUCCAUGCUCUGCAUCCCUGUCAGCCUUCUCUACAAACUCUUCAGAGCCAAGGGAACCUUCAAAGAGCGCCUGGCCCACCUGACCAGUCCGGUGUGGGGGGCCCAUCACCUGGAGUACAUGGCCCCGGACAUCAAGUCCCUGACCUCGCUGUCCCCCGGCACAGACGACAACAAGGUCAUCAUCUUCGAGAGCGUCAUGUAGGCACUGAGCUCCAUCUCCAUCCACCCCACUUAUGACAAGAUAGCAGGCGCCUCACCACCACAACCUCGACCUUCAGAUUUACCUCCACCCGGUAUCAGGCCUCAGAAUGGACUCAUGAAAUGAUCAAUCGGUCUGUCCUUCACUGAUUGCUGGCUUUCAUUGAUUGGUUGGUCUCCUCAGCUCCUCCAGACAUGACCAGACCAACGCUGCGAAGAUUCUCCGUACCUGUAAAGGAAUAAAGGAAUAAGGGAAUGACCCAGCUCCUCCAGGAGGGUUUUUAUCAUUACACCAACAACAAAUGCCUCCUUUAUGACAAAAUGUGUCAUUAAAAUCAGCAGAUCACUGGGUUCUUUAACUGUAAAGGGCUUUGAUUCUUCUUUGCUUCUCAAUGAAGAUAUAAUUAUUCUUGACAAAAUGUCAAACCCUGGAGGGGCUGAAGAAUGUUGGAAAGUUUUUCUUCCUGAUUGAGUCUCACUAUGCUCAAAAAGCUGCUGAACGUCUCUGUCAAAUCAGAGGUUGGGCUUCCUCCAUCUUAGAUAAAGGGUAUCAAUGCAAUCUUGUCUAGGGGUUGGUGGAUUGGACAUGCAAACAUACACAAACCUGAUAGAUGGACAUUACACAUUCACUGCCUGUCAUUAUUUCAUCAUCAUUCUGACAAUACUAAACAUCAACACUGGGACUGGUGCUCGCUGAUCGUCUUUUUUCAUUUUGCUGCUGUUUUUGCAGCAUCUGAGCUCCGAGUCUAAACUUGUGCGUAAAAUUUAAGCUUAAAUUUCAGAACACUUUAAACAGCUGUGUUUGUGUAAUGACCGUUCCUGAAGACAGAGUUCUAGACAGUGACUGACUGACUGACUGACCCCCAGAAAAUAAUAAGAGGUAAUUUGUAUCGUAACAGGAAUUAAAAAUGACAGAAUCAUUUGAUCUUCACUUUUGCGCUUAAAUGGAAAAGCAAAAGGACAAGUUUCCAUGUCUGAGUGUAUUCUUCAAAUGUCCUAGAAGAAUCACUUAAAUGUGUGAAAAACACUAAUGUGGCUUUUCUUACUACAGAAAAAAAUAAAAUCCUGUUGCGUGGCAACCAGCGGUCCGUGAACUCACCACGCUUAUCUGAGCUCAGUGAGUCCUGAAUGCAUCAUCAGACUGUCCUGAGUUUAACGAGCCUUGAAUCUAAUGUCUUUAAGCCUGGUUGUGAGCACUUUAUGUGACACUUUGAUUGUUGAAGCCUGUUUCUGAUCUAAAUUCUAAACCCUGAUCAGAACUGACAUCGCCGUUGAACUGAAACCAUCCACCUGAUGUUUUUAACCAUAAUACUGUGAAUCACCAGCUCCUACUACUGAUCCCAGAACAGUCCUGACUCCUGAGCAGCGUGUGGUUCUCAGACCGCUGACCUCCAAUCUGUUUUCAACAGUCACACUGAGGCUUGAUUCACUCAGGCAACAAUAGAUCUGACACUCGAAGGAUGGGUCCAGUGAGAAUUCUGUCACACAAGGUCCAACUUACUUGUUUGUAAUGCUUUCAACCACAACUCACGGUCCUCUUCAGAGAAAUCUGCCUCAUUUUUCCAGCUUGAACUUUGAAAUCCAGGUUGUGGUUUCACCUGAAUGCAAACAAACUGAAAUUAAAGGGUUGACAAAACACAAGCUUUAAAAUUAACCAACAGCAAUUUUUAUAAGUCUGAUAAUUGAUUAAUUGAUCAUAAAUAAUUUAUCAAGUAAACAGUCCAAACAUUAUGAAGCUCUACUCUCUUAAUUGUGUUCAAUAUCUUUGGGUUUUUGCUGUUGAUGAUUUAAAAGUUUUCUUACAUUUACAAACCAAUGGAGUAAUGAAGUAAAUAAUAAGCAGGUUAAUCUUUUAUAAAAAACAAUUCAAAAUCAUCAAACAAAAUCAUUAGUUGUAUCCCAGGCUCGAUUACCAACUGGGCAAAGCAGGUAGCUGUUCCAGGCUCAGUUUGUUUCAGUGGUUGUUCAUUAUUUACAGCAAAUUUAGGAAUUUAUGAAGCAUAAGAACAGAACUGAUGAGAUCAAGUGCAUUAUUACAUAAUCUCAAAAGGGACUCAACAACAAAACAGUUUAAUCCACCAGCAGUGGAAUAAGUAUUCAGAUACCUGAGUAAAAGUACCAAUAUAACACUGUAAAAAUACUCAAUUACAAGUAAAAGUGUACCUGAAUAGAAGUACAGAUGUAUUAUCCCCAUCAGUGAAAUAAUAUUAUCUCUGAUAUUGUUAUUUUGUUAAGCAGCUUUUUACUGUUGGUAGAGAUAAAUCUGAGGAGUCAUGAGAAGAUUAAGAAAAAAAACUAUGUUUGUUGAUCCAAAGUUGUUUUCAUUUUUCAGAUGCGAGAGUCACAGGCCAAAACUAUAGGUUUAUAGUCAUAAAUUUUAAUGUUAAGAUCAGUUGUAUCAGUUACAUAAAUGUAGUGGAGCAAAAGUAUAAAGUAGCAUUAAAUGGAAAUACUCAGGUAAAUGCACGGAGAUACUUUCCAUCACUGAUGUCAGACCAUGGUUGCAGCCUGAUCACAUGGUUUUCUUCAGCAGAUAGAGAACCUCAGAUAUUCAGGGUUUUAAUAAUAUCACAAAUCUUCAAAAUAAAUAAACAAACAGUACCUGACGUGUUCUAUGAUGUCCCAGUUGAUCACCUGAUGAACCACAGACUCGUCCAAACUGAAACUGAAACUAAAGUCAGAUUCAUCACUGCAAACUGAAAUCGAAACUGAAACAGGAAGAACAUCAAAUAAAAAGCUGGAAAACUGUCAAGUGGUGACUGAAAUCUCACUGGACCUGACCUUUAACCCCUUCAAUAUUCUGGAUCUGACCUCCUUAUGAGGAGGUUCAGGCUUGUGUGAGAAUCAGGUCAGAGGUCGGACUUCUGCGUCCCCCGGGUUGACUGAAGUGCCAAACAGAACGAUACUGGCCCUGCAGGGCUGAUCCCAGACCAGGGCUCAAGGCUGCCAAUAUCAACCUGUUCACUCCUCUCUGCCUCGUCUCAUUUAGUCUCAUUCACGCUGAGCUCCACCUACCAAACACCGCACUCUCCUCACAAACAGCUGCAGGGGGUCAAUGCUGAGAAUUUUCAUCUAAAAACUUGUUUCCCGACUCACUGGAUGUAAGAGAACCUUUUCUGCAGGACUAGAUUUAAUCUGGAUUCAGUUUGCUACAUGUGUGAUAACACUGACGCACAACACAAGCCUCUUCCAAACUUUUCUGUCCAAGAAAGUCUAAUUUCUGUCCAGACAUCAUCACAAAACUGAACUGCUUUAGCUCCACUGAGCAGAUACGCAAAAAUGUCUUACUGUUAAAGAGAACAACAAUUGACUGAUUAUAUUUAUCAGAUUUCAGAUGCUGCUUUACUCCUUAGUUCCCUGAACUACCAACAGAACCUUUUACUAUGUUUUGGCACAGAUUAAGAAGAUGAGGAGUUAGUCAGUAUUUACCUGCAGCCAGAUCAGCUGGUGGAGCAAUGAGAGCUGAAGGACUCAGCGUGAUGCCAAGCGUUGCCUUACGUCAUUGUCUUAACUCUAGAGUCCGUACGGUUGACUAGCCAAACCCCGAGCCCUACAGCACGUCCUGUGUACGGCUCUGGUUUACAGCCCACCAAUCAGCAGUCUGCGGGGGCGUGUCUACAACUCUGUCUCCUAGCAACCACUCACCAUCCACCUAUCAUGGGGAAACAUGAUUAGAAUGUAAGAUAUAAUAAAACUACAUACAUUUGCACAUUGUUGUAAAAUAAUGUUGCUAGCACUUUUAAAAAGAAUCGUGUUAGAAAUGGUGUUUUGUUUUACAUAUUGUAAAAUGAAUCAGAGAUUUAUUUUGUGGAGGCUUUUAUUUUGCUGAUACAUACAGGAUGACAAAUAUAUAUAUAUUGAAUAUCUUUGUGUGCUAUCUAUAUUUGAUGCAGUAUGUAAAUGAUGAUGAUGAUGAUUUCUGGCUGAUUGUUCACGUUUAGCCGGCAAACACGAGCAACGAGCCGCGCCAAGUGACGCAGACUGCGACCAACUCGAGCUUCAGGCUACCUCACUUCUCAUUAAAACUUUCAAAACAAAACUUCUUUUAGCUUUUUAUGCAAAUCUUUUGUCAGCGGCAUUGGCUGCGCCGGCUGCUAGCAAGAGAGGACUGUGGGAAGUGUUUCUGGAAAUGUCUCCGUCCUCAUCCUGUUUCACGUUGCAGCUUUAAAGGCUCUCCGUCAUCAAUGGAAAUUUAAGUGACUGAGAACUGACCCCCAGGAUGCAAAUUUAAAAAAACAAAAACAAAAACUGUUAAACUUAGUCUUAAAUGUGCAAAAUUAAUAUAAAUAAAAUGUAAAAUAUAUUAUUAUGACAUAUGUUGGUGCAGUGAGGCCUUUAAGCGGUGUCUGACUGGCUAACGUGAACAAGCAGCGAAGGGCAGGGAUUUUAUUUUGGCGGGUUUGCUGCGAUGCAGUGAUGUUAAGGCUGUCGAGGCUUCGUGUGGCUCCGAACACACUACGAAAGGGAAUCUCUUUUUUUUCUUUAUCUUUCUGAUUUUUAAUUCUCAAAGUGCUCAAGUGUUUGAAGAGUUUUAGCUUUAGAUGAUUUUAGCUUUUUUUUUUUCUCUGUGUGUUUUACUGAAUAUCAGUGUUUUUCCCUCAGACCCCCCAUGGCUCAAAUUCUCAAAUUAUUAUUACUAUUAUUAUUAUCUCUACCAAGACUGAAAAACUUAAAUCUGCUUGUCUAAUUUGAUCAAAUUAAUUUGCACAUAUUUUUACAUGAUGUAAAAUAAGUUCAGUAAUGUUAAAAACAUGAAGCCAGAAACAUUUUAAAGGCUGAAUAACUGCCGACUGUAACUCUGCCAUUUAAAAUAAGAAGAGGGUUGUUGAAGUUUGCGUUGCUCUGUCUGAGAAGUUAAACUGAUGCUGAUCCAGGCAAAUAAAACCACUCACCACCAAUUAAACAGUAAAUACAGCUACAGCUACCUCAACAAGGUGAGCUGAUCCAACACUACCCGGAAAACACAACUACAUAUCCAAGCAGUCAGUGGGAGCUUCCAGACACCAAUCACAUUCAGAGACUGAUGAACACUUUUGUGAUGCCAGAUAUAAUAAAUCAGUUUUAAAAAGUCUGUGUUUCCAAACACAGUUAAAACAAGAACCAGUUGACCAAUCAGCUCAGUCUGCCAGGCACCAAAUCUAAUUUCAUGUCAGACAGAAAAUAAUCAAACACAAACUGACCCUGGUCCAAAAUAUAGAAAAUCAAAUAAUCUGUCCAAUAAAAAUCAGAUUUAAAACAGACGGGCUUCAGAGGGACUGAUGAUUAAACUAGUGAGAUUAGAGAUCUAGAGGUCACAAUCGUGUAACUCAAGUGCCACUGAUAACAGUUAUCUCACUAAUAAAAACUAACCCGAGGCAGUAUUUUAUAGAACUGAUCAAACCGACAUUUUAAACGUAGAAUCUUUUAUUUUUAAAAGUUUGUGUCUCGUCUCUGGACCGGAGCCUGAGAGGGUCAGAGGGUGGAAUUUUAAAAAAUAAAUCUGCAGCCAUUUAACAAAAGAUAUGGAGAAAAUGAAAAUGUACAUUUACCAAAAUCUGAUGUUGUGUCAUGUCAUUUUGUCUUUGUGCUUUUCUGCCAAAAAAAAAACAACAAAAAACUAAAACAUGUUGUGACAGUAUCUUUGAUCUGAAACUGUAAAGUGCAGGACUGGAUGUAAACAUCACAAACUUCUGUAAAACUGCUGCUGACACUGUAACACACACAGACUAUUCAGAUGUUUACAGUGAUUAUUUUAAAAAGGUUUGAAUACAGACUAAAUAUCUAAUAAUUAUGACAUCUACCCAGUUAUAGAUGCAGAAAUUUAAAAAGAGAAAAGGUUCUAAUGAAAAUCAAAUUUAUUGUGUAAACCUCAGAUGUUUCUCCAGUUAAAUUCUGCAGCUCUGCAGAUCUUUUUAGCGUUUUUUAGUUUAGUUUUCAAACUGAAUCCAAACAAUCCGUCUGCUCUGACUGUCCACUGCAGGUUUUGAUAAACGAUACUGUCAGCAGGUUUCCUUCCUUGGAGAGUGUCUGAUCCUAAAACCUUCUGCUGUUCUCAGACUGGAUUCACUCACAGCAGCUUUUAAAGUUUUUAAUUUCAGCUCCAUUUUACUGUAGAUUAUUAUUUUUUAUAGAUAAUUUUUGAAAAAAGUAUUGUUAAUUAUCUCUUAGCCAAUAACUUUGCCAAAACGUUUUCUAACUUAAACAAAAAAGAAAACUAUGACAUCCUAAAGGGAAUGAUGAAAAAGAUGAUUUUUUGUUCUUUUUGGUUUCUUGUCACCACAAAAAUAUUUUUCUCUUUUCCUGACACAACAGAAAAGUAUGACAUGUCACUGGUGCUCUUGGAAAACAACCAAAACCUUUGGUCAUUUAAUUAAAUAACUUACUUUAUGUUUUUUUUUUUUUUUUUGGAAAGGUGGUGUUGUAGCUAUGGAACCAGCAGGGGGCGCUCUCCUCCGGUGGGAAAUCCCAUCGUGUUUGGGUUGGAAACAGAGACAGAGUCCCCCCAGGCUUUAACGUACAGAUCUGUAUAAUGAGAGGGAAAAUAUCACUGAUCACAUCUUUCAACAAAAACAUUGCAAAGAAUUAAGAACGUAUAGAAAUUAAAUCAGGUUUGUUCUGAGCUAAAAGAAAUGGAUGAAAAAUUAGGUCACAAUAAGGUAAAAACUCUCACAAGCAUCUUGUAAUUAGAAUUUAGUUAGUUUAGUUAGUCAAAACUGACGGUCCAGUUAGAUUUUUUUUUUUUUUUUUCCUUUCUUAGCGCCUAGUUUGGGGCGCUAAAAAAGGAGGUUGAGGUUAACUGCACCCUAGCAACCUCUACGACAGCUUCGGAGUCAAAUCUGAUUGGUUAGGGCAACAUGAUAACAUCUAAUAUAAACACAAAGUCAGACUGAAUAAUGAAAUUAAAGAAUUAAUAAAAUUUAACCUGACAAUUAGUCAUUAUUUUAACCUUAAUUGUGUUUUUCAGUUAAAUAUAGCUCUUUAGCAACAGCUAACGAAGAGUGCAACAUCAUCAGCAAACAUGUUUAUAAUGCAUUUUUGCUACAGUUUGCAUCAAAAAUCACAGUCCUCCUCCAGAACUCACAGACAUGAAACAUGUAUUUUUAGAUUCAGUGUAAUUUAUGCUUUCAGAGGAUAUCAUUAUCUCUGAUAUCCAUCGUGAACAACUGUCUAUAAAGUUACUUAAAAAUCAUAGAAAAAAUCGCUCUUAUCAAUUCAGAACUUGCCUGAGAAUCCUCCUGUUUUUAAGUUUUCUUAAGUAUCACAGUAAUCCACUGAUAGUUGUCUGUACAUUAGUGGGUUCACUGAAAACAGGAGCUGAUAAUAGAUAAUUCUGCAAUUCUGAUAAAUCUGCUAAUAUCUCAUAAAGAGAUUCUGUAGAGAGUUUUUAUUUUAUCAUUUCUUAUUUUUCAUUUAUUUAUUUCCUGUUCAGGUCGUAUGAGCUUCCAGAAGCUGUUUGUUGGCUUAAAAAUAUUGAAAUCCUGUCUGUGUUUCCUGCCCAAACUGAGCAACAUGGUGACCUCAUCCAUCGCAGCGUCAGCCAUUUUUAUUGUAACUGUGUCUCUGUGACUUCCUGUAAACCACAGUCUUCCAUCCGUAACUGUAGAUUAGACAAUCGAUUAGGUGAUAAGUAGCUUAAUGAACUAAUAUCUGUGUUAACGAUAGUAACGACACUCGGGGCUUGACGUUAACGAGUCACCAGCCAAAAAUAAUGAAAGAGUUGAUUGUGAGCCCCGGUGAUGUCACCUGUGUUUCAUUGACCUUUGACCCCUGCGAGGGUCUCCAUGCUGUAAGCCACUGUGAUCACUGUGCUUGUUCAUCACAGACUAAACCAAUGGCAAUAAAAACCAGCGUCAUGACAAACAGCU